AUGAGCAAUUUUCAAGUGUUUAUUCCAAAUUUUCCACCGCCUCCGCUUCUGCCUCAAUUCGCGAAUAAUUUAAGUAAAACUACUCCAGCCAUACCAUCUGUUUCAUCACAUACUAAUUCUACUUUGUACAAAGAUCGUCUAAACAGUUAUUUGGAAGGUCGAAAACAUCGUUCAACAGAAAAAAAGUCGACGUUCCAACCACAAAAUGCAUUAAAAUUAAGUGAAGUUUCGCUUGAGAUGAGUCAAUGUGACCACCUAAUUCAAGUACUCAAAGAAAAUAUCAAAACUCUUUCAAAAGCCGCUCCUGAAAUGGACACGGCACAAUGGAAUGACCACCUCUCCAAAUUGAAUUCCAAAGUAGGGGACUUAUCAGCCAUUUGUUUCAGGUACGAUGACACCGAUGUACGUACACAAGUAAAAAUUUUGAUCGAUAAACGACAAGAGAAACGGAAUCGCAUACGGAAACGUAAAAUGGAAACUAAAGUGUUGAAAAAAUACGAGGCCAGCAAAAGGGAGAGAAAACAUCAAAAAAUCGAUGAGUGGGUGGAGAAGAAUGCUGCGGAAAUAUUGAAAAAUCGUCAACAAAUCGAAACAAAGCAACGUGCCGAACAAAUGUUCAUCGAUGUAAAAAGUCGACAAAAUGAAGCCGACAAAUAUAUCCAGCUAAUGGAGUCGUUAAAAGAGUUGAAUCGCAUUCGGAAUAGGGAUAAGUACAUUGGCUCUGGACAAAAUAAUGCGGAACUGAAUCGAGAAUUAGAUGAUAUGAAACAAAUGUGGCUGGAUGUUGCUAAAACGUAUGAAGUGGAGGAAAAAAGGCUACGAAAAUUCAUAAACUACACCGAUGACUGGGAGGAAUGGCGAAAUAUUCUAUUUGGUGAACCAACAAAAGAAGAUCGAUUCGUUUCAUUGCAUAAGAAAAACGAUAGCAUAAGUCAAUUGAUUGCGAUUCGCAGUCUUUGGGAUCAAUUUAUUGUGUCACCAGACAAUCCAUUUGGAUCAAGUGUACCGCUUUGUUGGGCACUACCAAAUGCAAAUCCAUCCGAAAAAUGGAAGGUUUGUUUGGAAAAUCCAGACAAUUUAUAACAGCCAUCUCUAAUCCAAUCCAACAGUCACCUAAAUUUAUGAUAUUUUUUGUGCAAAAUUUAAAAUAAUUCAGAAAAACACCAAAACAACUAAAAAUUGAGAUAAUAAAGAAACGAAAAUGCCUGAAACAUGUUACGAUAUGAAACUGUUCUAUUUUAAUUAAAAAUUAUUAAUUACAAAA